GUGAGCAGUACAGUAAACCCAGCAGUCAGCGUUUUCAUUCCAGAGUUUGCAUUGACCUUGCCUCCUCUCCUCUGAUUGAAUUAAGAUGGAGUGGCACCUCUUUAGCCUGUGUCUGUCACUUUGAGGACUAACGACUGCCUCUGAUGUUUGGUCGUUUGGCUUCAUUCCUUGCUGGCUUUAUUAGUGCUCUUUUGGCUGAUGUAAGCAAAUUUAGCACAUAAAAUCUAUGUGCCGUGAAUGAGAUGUUAGAGGGCUUCAGUUAUAGUUGUGCACAAAGCAAUGUGGUGCAAAUAAGAUCCUGAUACACUGGAACUUGAGAAUUUAGAUAAUGGGCUGUGUGCAAUGCAAGGAUAAAGAAGCAGCAAAACUAACAGGCGACAGGGACACCAGUGGAACCCCGAGCACAGGCUAUCGCUAUGGCGCCGACCCCACACCCCAGCACUACCCCGGCUUCGGCGCCACGGCAAUUCCUAACUUCAACAAUUUCCACGCGCCCGUCGCACAGGGGGUGACUGUCUUCGGGGGUGUGAACUCCUCCUCUCACACUGGGACCUUGCGCUCGCGGGGCGGGACAGGGGUUACUCUGUUUGUGGCACUUUAUGACUAUGAAGCCAGAACUGAGGAUGAUCUUAGCUUCAGGAAAGGAGAGAAGUUUCAGAUACUGAACAGCACUGAAGGGGACUGGUGGGAGGCCCGGUCUUUGACGACAGGAGGAACCGGCUACAUUCCCAGCAAUUAUGUGGCUCCAGUGGACUCUAUCCAAGCCGAGGAGUGGUACUUCGGUAAACUUGGCCGUAAAGAUGCCGAGAGACAGCUCUUAUCCAGUGGAAACCCCAGAGGUACCUUUCUCAUCCGAGAGAGUGAGACCACCAAAGGUGCCUUUUCCCUCUCCAUACGUGACUGGGAUGACAUUAAAGGAGAUCAUGUUAAACACUAUAAAAUUCGGAAGUUAGACAGUGGUGGGUAUUACAUCACAACCCGAGCCCAGUUUGAAACGCUUCAGCAGCUGGUGCACCACUAUUCAGAGCGAGCUGCGGGUCUGUGCUGUCGCUUAGUGGUGCCCUGCCAUAAAGGCAUGCCGAGGCUGGCUGACCUGUCUGUCAAAACCAAAGACGUGUGGGAGAUCCCUCGGGAGUCCCUGCAGUUGAUAAAGAGGCUCGGGAAUGGGCAGUUUGGGGAAGUUUGGAUGGACAAAGCUGAUGGUUUGUGCUUUAAUUUAAUCGCUGUGUGCCCGAAUAAUACACCACAAACAGUUGGACUGACUAAAGAUGCAUGGGAAGUUGCAAGAGAAUCAAUUCCUUUGGAAAAGAAACUGGGGGCGGGAUGUUUUGCUGAUGUGUGGUAUGGCACCUGGAACGGCACCACUAAAGUAGCUGUGAAGACCCUGAAGCCUGGCACCAUGUCUCCAGAGUCCUUCCUGGAAGAGGCUCAGAUCAUGAAGAAGCUGCGGCACGACAAGCUGGUGCAGCUCUAUGCCGUGGUGUCCGAGGAGCCCAUCUACAUCGUCACCGAGUACAUGUGCAAAGGAAGUUUGUUAGAUUUCUUGAAAGACGGAGAAGGGAGGGCACUGAAGUUGCCAAACCUAGUGGACAUGGCAGGACAGGUUGCUGCUGGCAUGGCUUACAUUGAGAGAAUGAAUUACAUCCAUCGAGAUCUGCGAUCCGCCAAUAUCCUGGUGGGGGACAAUUUAGUGUGCAAGAUUGCUGAUUUUGGGUUGGCAAGACUGAUAGAAGACAAUGAGUACACUGCUCGACAAGGUGCAAAGUUUCCGAUAAAAUGGACCGCUCCAGAGGCUGCCCUCUACGGCAAGUUCACAAUUAAGUCAGAUGUCUGGUCGUUUGGAAUUCUCCUUACAGAAUUAGUGACAAAAGGACGAGUACCUUACCCAGGAAUGAAUAACCGCGAGGUGCUGGAGCAGGUGGAGCGAGGAUACAGGAUGCCCUGUCCCCAAGACUGCCCCAGCUCACUCCACGAGCUCAUGGUCCAGUGUUGGAAGAAGGACCCUGAAGAGAGACACACCUUUGAAUAUCUGCAGGCCUUCCUGGAAGACUACUUCACUGCGACCGAGCCCCAGUACCAGCCUGGAGACAACCUCUAAAGCCCCCUGACUCCCCCCUUGUUUGUUUGCUUACAGACUGUGCUCUUCAGGUGCAUCCCUUGUAGCUUCUGACUUUUUGCCUAAAAAAGGGGCAAUGCCCAGUACCUGAGACAUGUACAGCUUCCAGUGAUUUCAACCAUUGCCACUGUCUUUAAACACCUGAAAUACUCUAUUUAAAUGAGAAUAACUUAAGAACUGGUUGACAAAGAGGUGUGGGUACUUUUCUUUGGGAGGGGCUGGGGAAUAUGAAGGAAUUAUAAAGAUGAAAUGUCUAUUCAAUGUAAAUAGUAAUUGCUUGUUUACUUAUCCCUUUUUGGUCCUGUUUUUUUUAUCUAAACAAUUAAUGUACAUUUGUCUAGACUUCGAGUCUUGAUGUAUAAAGAAUCCACUGCUCUUCCUUGGCUUUUAGUAAACUCUUGCUUUUAACUAAAGUAUUAUAAUAUGAUGCUGUUUAAGGCAUGCAGUUGCCUCAAUUCCCAGUUUUAAAAAACAAACCCUGCUAUUCUAGGAUGCUUUACUGCAAUUUAAAAGAAAAAAUCCCAUGUUUUAUUGUUUCUUUUAUUUUAUUGUCGAGUCAGUAAUGUGCAGACUUUGGCGCAAGUGUGUUAUUGGCUUGUGUCAAGCAUGACAACGUCCUCAAAUAAUAUUGCACUGCUUUUAAUUUUUGUUUUGUUUUUGUUUAAAACUAUUUCCUUUCUAAAGUCCAUAGAUGUAUAGCUAACAUUGUAACAAUGUUAAAAAAUAACUACAUUUAUGUUAUUACAACCAAAUGUGUAAAAAUGAUGCGUUUUCAACAUCUCUCCCUUAAAAAGAUCAAACCAUACCGAAUGGUAACAGUGCUGCCAUUUUAACUGGAAUGGUGGAAGAGUACUUCUCUCCACCGCAAGUAUGUAUACUGAACUGAUAUGAGGUCUAUUUAAAAGAUGUGUGAUUGCAUUUAAUCAUCGUAUCAUGCCUUGUACAUAGAGUAACGUUUUGAAUCAUUCCAACUUGUCUUGUGUUCGUGCUUUACUUAAUUUUAUACAUAACAAAAAAAAAAGAAGUGUUUACAAGCUAUGCUCCUUGCAAUCAGUGAUAGUCAUGAUCCUGUCUGUGUCUGCUUCAAUCACUGUGUUACUAUGCACACCUUUCUAAAACAGCAAAUAUAGCACCUCUCCAUUGGAAAACCACUUGGCUUCUUUUUAUGUUCAACUGACCAUGUUUAUCAGAUCAAAGUUUUGUUACAUUUAUAAAUAUUUAACCAAAUACAAUAGUUCACUUGUAUUGAGUUGUUCCUGUUUUUUUAUUGUUUGUUUUCCUAAAUCCUACAUUAUGGUUUUAAAAUGCCAGUAACUUUCCUGGUAUCUAUUCCUAUCUAUUUUUAUAAUUUUUAUUUGCUUGCUUGUUUUUUUUCCUUCUUUUUUUUCUUUUUUGUAAAAACAUUGCUUUUGUUAACUCAAUAACUGUCAUUUAAAAACAAGGUAACAAUAAACAUUUUACACGGUUCAGUUUAA